ACAAGUUGAGGGGCGAGACACCCAGUGUUUUUUCGGCUGAAGCUUUUUCAGCUGUUGCUUCUUUGUAUAUUUCGUUCCUGCCUCUUGUGUAAUCACCAAAACUCGGAGCGCAAAUGGCUGCUUUUAUAUCUUUGUCACUUUGUUGGAUUUGGCUGUCUGUCUCGAUUCUCCGUUCAACUGCCUCUCAAGUUGACCUGGACCAGAGAAACAUCACAGCUGGACAGAACAUCACUCUGCCAUGUCAAGCUCCAAACAACAACAUCAUAGUUAUAGAGUGGAGCAGAGCUGACGUGAAGGAAGAAUAUGUCCUUAUGUACCGGGACAGACACUUUGAUUCAAUCAACCAGCAUCCAUCUUUUAAGAACCGGGUGGAUCUGCAGGACAAACAGAUGAAGGAUGGAGACGUGUCUUUGAUUCUGAAGAAUGUGACGGUCAAUGAUACUGGAACAUACGAGUGUCGUGUUUUCAUGAAAGGAACAAACCGCAGGAAGAGAGCUAACCUCAAUACUGACCCCAUCAACAAAAUCAAGUUAAAUGUCGUUCCUCCAGGUCACACAGGAGGACACACAGAGGAUGGAGUCAGUAGAGGAUAUUUUGGUCUGUUAGCUUGUGGUUUGUUUCUUCUUCUUGUCCUCGUUGUUGCUCUUGUGAUCACUCGUAAACUGGCAAAGAGGAAUUUAUCUGAAGUACCAGAAAUCACAGUGUCACUAAGAUCAUGAAAACAUCAUUCUCAUACAACCUCUUAAAUGGACCAUUACUUAUGUAGCCUCUUUUUAGUCUGUUACUCCCCUGUUACUUAAAAUAGAGGAGUAUUUUAAAAUGAAUGCAGAGUUGAACCGGGAGCCAGUGAAGCUUCCCCUCAUAUCUUCCCCUCAGAUAUGAGGGGUAGAUAUGACAGUAGGAGGGCGGUCAAGGUGACAGGUAGAAGGCUUUGAUUUGUGGAUGAGAUCAGAGAUAUCACUGAUAGAGGGAAGUUGGAAGGCAGAAAGGCAAUGUAAUGGAGGUGGGGUUGAGAAGGAGGAGCUACAUGUAACAUCAGGAGCAAGGUGUAUUUUAUGAAUUUUUUCAGUGAAGAAUAGCAUUAGAGAGUCACAGAAGUUAGACGAGUAGAGAUGAGUGGGCAGAAAGUCAGGCAGCCUGAGAAAAGAGUUGAAUAGUGAGAACAGUGUCUUAGUAGAAUCCUCGCUUGAACAGAUAAUGUGGAGUCCGAUUUAGUUUGGUUAAUACACUCUUUAUAAAACAGAACAUGACUGUUAAACAUUUCCUUAUGAAUAGUAAGGUUGGUUUUCUUAUGGAGAUGCUCAUGUCGUCGGCCUUUAGAUUUCAAAAAGACGGAGUUCAGGUGUGUACCAAGGUGCUGAGUGAGAAAAGGAUACAGGUCUAGUUUUUAGCCCCGGCGGAAGGGGCUACAUGAAUAGGAUGAGGGACCUAUGGAUUCUUCGAUACCCAACAUCCACAAUGACAGCGA